AUGAAGACCACCGGUGUUGCAGCCGUUGUACUCGCUUCAGUUGUGCAUGCUCAUUACACAUUCCCUGGCCUUGUCUACAAUGGUAUCACUGAAGAGGACUGGAAUUAUGUCCGCAAGACUACCAACUUCGGCGUUCACGACCAUGGCCCGCUUUUCAAUAUCUCAGCGACCGACCUCAGAUGUUUUGAGCUUGAACCAGGCAAGGGCAGCCCCGAGACUAUGCCCGUAAAGGCUGGCGACACGGUAGGCUUCCGAGUAGAUGGCAAUGUUACGCAUCCCGGGCCUCUUCAGUUCUACAUGGCAAAGGUUCCAGAAGGAGAGACUGCCAAAACCUUCGCAGGUGACGGGGACGUCUGGUUCAAAAUUUUUAACGACGACCCGAUAUUCACCGGGAGUUGGCCAGAUUGGCCUAACUGGGGCAAGAAUGAGGUCUCGGUUACUAUCCCCCCUUGCCUGGCCGAAGGUGAUUAUCUUCUCCGAGUAGAGCAUAUUGCGUUACACAAUUCGCAAAAAGUAGGCGGCGCACAGUUCUACCUAGGAUGUGCUCAGCUUCAUGUCUCUGGUGGUGGCACCAAAACUUUCUCGGGCGUGUCAUUUCCCGGUGCUUAUUCUGCCACUGAACCAGGAAUUCUAUUCGAUAUCAAUUCUGGUCCUACUUCGUAUGCUGUUCCGGGCCCUACCCCUAUUUCUUGCUAA